UCGUGUCUCAGGGGAAAUUUAACUUAAUCAAAAGAAAAGUUGCACAUUAGGUCCAUAUUGUCAACGACACCCAGGAUGACCAUGUUCUGGGCUGACACAGCCAUAGAUCCUUCAUUUUACUCUUCAUAUAUAUAUAUAUAUAUAUAUAGAAAUAAUUCUUUUAAAUGCAGCCUGACAACCCAAGGAAUAUUAGCUGAUGAUGUCGGCGACCGCCUUGUGUGUUGUCACCAAUUUAAAUGUGCCCCAGUAACACGACGUUUGCACAUUCAAAAUCGCACGUAAGGCCAUGGGAGUUUAUUUCACCCAGUGUUAACAAGACAUCUGAAAACUCCUAUCUGGGAUCAAGGUCGAAGAAAUUCUGUUGCGUACGCAUGUCUGUGUGUGCGUAUUUGCAAUCUCAUUUCAAGGUGGUGAUUUUGGUGGGAAAGUAACUUAAUUUCAAAUAAAAAAAUAAAAAAAUAAAAAUAAAAAUAAAAAUAACUUUAUAGCUGCUUACUGGACCCUAUAAUAAGAUGCAAAUGCUUUGUUAAAUUCUUGCGAUAAAUACUGUCCAACACAAACCUAUUUGAAAAUGUCCAUUUUCCUCCACAAUUAUAAUUCCAAAAUGUCUUCCGGGUAAAAUCAGAAAACAGUUGGUACAGUAAAUGUACUUCAUGAAUUCUAAAUCAUGUUUUCUAUACAUAUUUCAACAUGCUUUAUAUAAACACCAUAGCGAACGUACAUGGGUGGAACUCAACAAUGUACAAUGGUGCAAUUCAAUAGUAUUUUUGGCAGAAUGGUGAUGUCAAGAAGACAGAUGAUUUUGGCUGUGUAAGAAAAAUGACAAUAUAAAGUGACAUUCGCAGAGAAAGAGCAAAUUGGAACUAGAGCAAUUGAACCAGUGUUGACCUAAAACUCGUGGCAUGUCGCAAACAGAAGUUCUACUCACUAAGGCAACAGCAGGAAAUGCAAAACUGAACCGCCAGAAUGCUGCGCUAACAGCUAAAAAUAGGGAAGGAGACAAGUCAUUAUCUGACUAGGUCCUCAGCAACAUACCUGAAUGAACGAGUGGAUGGGCCCCGACAUAAACGUGGUGGGACCACUCCAGAUCCCACCCAGUGAUGAAUUCUCCAUCCAGGAGAGCUCUCACUUGUUCGACAUUCUGGCAGAUCAAGGCAGUCCUCUGCUGCACGAUCCUGACAUCUUACCAUUUAGCAGCUAUCCCAGCAUGCAGUUCGCCCCCAUGGAGCCCACCAUGUCCACCCCACCGUACUACUCCAGUCAGAACUGCUACCCUCAAUACCCCGGAGAGGACUGGUACUCACACGCUGGAAUAUAUGAACUGAGAAAAGGGGCUCUUGAAGUUGGCUACGAUGUAGACAGCGCGGAAGUAGCUGCUGUGGUUCCAACAGUGUGCAAGAGAACAAGACACAUUCCUCAAGCGGGCCGGAUCAAAGGGGAGGAUCUCUGUGUGGUUUGUGGAGACAAGGCCUCUGGGUACCACUACAAUGCUCUGACAUGCGAGGGAUGUAAAGGUUUCUUUCGACGGAGUAUAACAAAGAACGCUGUCUACAAAUGCAAGAGCGGAGGAAACUGUGAGAUGGACAUGUACAUGCGCAGGAAGUGUCAGGAGUGUCGAUUGAGGAAGUGCAGGGAGAUGGGCAUGCUGGCAGAAUGUUUGCUGACAGAGAUCCAAUGUAAAUCCAAAAGACUACGGAAGAACAUUAAGUCCUCACCAGCAGAGACUGUGGAUGACACAGAGACCGACAGCAAACAGGUCACCUCAACCACCAAAGUGUCAAAGGAAAAAAUUAAGUUUACUAAGGAGCAACAUGCACUCAUCAAAGUCAUUGUUGAAGCCUACAACCGACAUCAGAUUCCUCCAGAUGUAGCCAAAAAACUGCUACAAGACCAGUACAGCAUCGAAGAGAACUUCCUUCUGCUGACAGAAAUGGCAACAAGUCAAGUCCAAGUCCUGGUUGAGUUUACCAAAAAUAUUCCAGGAUUUCUGUCACUCGAUCACGAGGAUCAGAUCGCUCUCCUGAAGGGUUCUGCUGUGGAGGCCAUGUUCCUGCGCUCGGCUGAGGUUUUCAGCAGGAAGAUGCCCAGUGGACAGACAGAAGUGUUGGAAGAAAGAAUACGCAAAAGUGGUAUAUCAAAGGACUUCAUUACUCCCAUGUUCAGCUUUUACAAAAGCAUCUGUGAACUCCACAUGGCGGAGGAGGAGCAGGCGCUUCUCACUGCCAUCACCAUUUUAACGCCAGAUCGACUUUAUGUGAAGGACCAGCAAGCCGUGGAGAGACUUCAGGAGCUCAUGUUGGAUGUUCUGAGGAAGCUUUGUGCCCUGCAGCAUCCACAGGAACCCCAGUACUUUGCCCGACUUCUGGGCCGGCUGACAGAGCUGAGAACUCUCAACCACUACCAUGCUGAGAUGCUCACAUCCUGGAGGAUGAACGACCACAAGUUUACUCCACUGCUAUGUGAGAUCUGGGAUGUACAGUGAAGGCAAGAAAAGUGGCUCAGCUUUCACCGCCGUCCUAUCUGAUUAUGAAGUCCUCUGUAUUCCAAAUAUAUAAAAACAAUAUGUGUAUGAGGUUUACUCCACUUAGAUAUGUUUUCUGUCUCAGUAGUUUCCUUUUUGUACAUAGUUAUGUCUCAUUUUUAGUCAAUUCAUUCAGUAUAAACACUGGAGUUUAUGAGAAAGAUGUGUAUUUUCAUCACGAACAUGGAACAAAUUGAUGCAGCAGAUAUGAAUAUGUUGGUCUUAAAUCAUUGCAAGCUGAGUAAUAAAAACACACUUCUUCUCUCUUUAAUAGACAUUAAAGAUUUUGUCUUUUAAUUAAAGUGUCAAAAAGUUAUUGAAUUUUAAAACAUGUCACUGCUCAUUUCUAAAUGUGUUUUUAACGGGACCGGGUGAAGCAAGAAUUUAUUCCUACUUAUUUAUUUAAAAAAGAAAUACUCCACAUUUACAGUGAAAGUCAGUGGUAUGAAUGCAUGUUUUAUAUUCAUGAUUCAAGAGUCAUGAUGAAAAAAUACUACAAGACAGAGAUGCCAUGUUGGACUAGACAUUUUGUAAGAAAUACAUGACACAUUAUUCAAAAAAGCAUUUUACUUCUCUACAAUAAAAUGAAGGCAUUUCUUAUUAGUACAUUAUGACACAAAGUUUCCUCUCUAUGAUCACGAUUAUUUUAACAAAACCGCUGCGAAUAAUGCAUGAGCCUUAGAGCACUUCUGUGUGAGUUUACAGUAAUCACAGAACAGCGCUACCAUGUGGCACGAUUUGACGCAAAUACACGAGUAUUUUUUUUUAUUUAUAAUAAUGUUUUCAUACGCUUAUCUGACUAACAAAAAGAAUAUACAUAAUACUGUAGCUUCACUUGCUUCAAUUUGUUUGAAUGACUCAACAAACAAAAUGAAAAUAUAUUAACGAGACCAAACAAUGGACUGACUUACAUAUGAUGAUAUUUUCGUGGCAUUCUUUAGUGUCAACAGGAUUUUGUUCAAUGUUUUGCUAAUUCACUACAAUGGUUUCGCUGCUGCAUGACUUCUUCUACCGUAUGUCCUCGUGCUGUGGGAUCAUUGGGACGCUAUUGCCACCUGCUGUCUAAUAGAGCUUAACGGAGUCCGUGAUAUUUUAACAACUGUCGGAUAAGAUUCAUCUAGAGCCAUAAUACCGGGUGAAAACAUAAUGCGGGUGGAAAUGUGAGGUUUGCCAGAAGCAUGUGCUCUCUAGAGGGUCUGUCUAGUUGCAAAAAGUAUGUGCGUAUAUUACCGGUAAU